AUGAGUCCGUUGAACCGCAUCAACCGCAUCGCCUCGCACAUCUGCCCGCCCGCCUCGACCAGCGAUGGUGGACUCAGCAUGAACGCCACGCGCGCCAAGGGCAGCAGCGGCGGCUUCAAGGUCGCCGUGCUGGGCGCGGCGGGCGGCAUCGGGCAGCCGCUGUCGCUGCUGCUUAAAAUGAAUCCGCUUGUAUCGGUGCUGCACCUGUACGACGUGUUCAACACGCCCGGCGUCACGGCCGACCUCAGCCACACCAGCACCUCCGCCGUCGUGCGCGGGUUCCUGGGCAACGACCAGCUGGGCGCGGCGCUAGACGGCAUGGACCUGGUGAUCAUCCCCGCGGGCGUGCCGCGCAAGCCGGGCAUGACGCGCGACGACCUCUUCAAGAUCAACGCGGGCAUCGUCAAGACGCUCUGCCAAGGCAUCGCGAAGCACUGCCCGCGCGCCAUCGUGAAUAUUAUCAGUAACCCGGUGAAUUCGACGGUCGCGAUUGCCGCGGAGGUGUUCCGGCGCGCGGGGACGUACGAUCCGCGCAAGCUGAUGGGCGUGACGACGCUCGACGUGGUCCGCGCCAACACCUUCGUGGCGGAGGUGCUGGGGUUGAAUCCCGAGGACGUGAACGUGCCCGUGGUGGGCGGCCAUGCAGGCAUCACCAUCCUGCCGCUGCUCUCGCAGGUGACACCCCCGGUGAGCUUCAGCCAGGAGGAGUUGGAUCAGCUGACUAACAGAAUCCAAAACGGAGGCACGGAGGUCGUCGAGGCCAAAGCCGGCGCUGGUUCCGCCACUCUGUCCAUGGCAUACGCAGCGGCCAAGUUCGCCCAGGCGUGUCUACGGGCCAUGCGGGGGGAGGCGGGCAUUGUGGAGUGCGCCUUCGUGCAAUCCACGGUGACGGAGCUGCCCUUCUUUGCCUCGCGAGUGGUGCUGGGGCGGCAAGGAGUGGAGGAGGUGCUAGGGCUAGGGCCCAUGACUCAGUACGAGCGGGUGUGGUUGGACAAGUUGAAGCCGGAGCUCAAGGCAAGCAUUGACAAGGGUGUUGAUUUUGUUGCAAGGGCUUAG